AUGGUCUCUAAAAAGUCUGAAGUAAUUACUAAGACACCAGAAGUACAAAUAGAACUUUUAGUUUCAAAUAAAUAUAAUAUAUAUAUUGAUAAGAAAGAAUUAAAGAAGGAAAAAAAGGAAUCUAAUGAAGUUAAGUCAGACAAUGACAAUAAUUCUAGUAAUUUUGAAAAAGAAAUACUAAAUGAAUCAGACAU